ACAUUUUUGUGCGUUGUUUCUACUCACUCCACUUUCUUUGUUUUGGUGAAUACUCACUCCACUUUCAUCAACAAGCAAAGUAUAGCAAACUGCUACCAAAACCGAUCAAAAUCAUGGAAAACUCAUCGAACCCUAACAAUGUCAAAACCCAACGCCCCAUCGAAGACGAAGACAUCGACGAACAAGAAGACGAAGAGGAAGAAGAAGAAGAAGACGAUCUCCCCCAAUCCCCAUUGGCCCGUUUACGAGAGCAGAAAUUCAAGCUUGAAACCCUUUCCCGACGACUCUCAUCGGAGCUAGUCCCAAUCCGAGUCCACGACGUCAUAAUUCGCGGAAACACGAUAACCAAAGAUUGGGUGAUUGAAGCAGAAAUCAAGGGAAUCGAAGAUGUAUCCACUAUGCAGGAACUCAUUCGCGCCUCUGAAAUCGCACUCGCUAGGCUUCAGAAUCUCGGGGUUUUUGAAUCUAGUAAGCUUAGUCUUGAGCCUGGGCCGGUCGAAUUGCCUAACACUGCCAAUGUUGUUAUUGACAUUGUUGAAGCUGCUAACAAAAUUUCUGGUGAAUUUGGUGUUUAUACCAAACCUGCGACUAGUUCUUGGACUGCUGAAGGUACUCUUAAGUACAAAAACUUGUUGGGUUAUGGUGAUCUAUGGGAUGCUUCUUUGGCUUACGGCGCCAACCAAGCAACAGAGGUGAGUCUAGGGCUAUAUGCUCCUCGACUUAAAGGAACUUCAAAUCCCGUUGUAGCACGACUGUCCAUGCUUUCCCAAGAUUGGCAAGAGUUUUCUUCAUACAAAGAGCAAUUGUUGGGCAUGUCUCUUGGCUUAAUCUCAACAAAGCACCAUGAUUUGGCAUACACUCUUGGAUGGCGUACCUUAACAGAUCCAUUACAAAUGGCAUCCAGGUCCGUAAGGAGGCAGCUUGGGCAUGGUUUGCUAUCAUCUUUGAAGUAUACAUUUAAAAUUGAUAGGAGAAACUCACCAAUUAGGCCUACAAAAGGACAUGCUUUUGUUUCUACCACUCACCUUGGUGGCCUUACACCAGAUAACCGGAGCUUGCGGUUUCUGCGUCAGGAGUUUGAUCUUCGGUUUGCUGUCCCCUUUGGGUUUUAUAAUACAGCACUGAACCUAGGGAUUUCUGCUGGUGCUGUUUUUCCAUGGGGACAAGAUUUCAUGAACAGACCAUCUCCCCUUCCUGAACGGUUUUAUUUGGGCGGUGAUUUCUCUCCAGUUUGCACCCUUGGCGGGUCAAUGACAUUGUGGGGAUUUAGAACUAGGGGAUUAGGUCCAGCUGAACCACGAAGACAAAGCAGAGAUGUAUUCAAUGAUGAAAGUAAUGAUCCCUCUACAUGGGACUUCGUUGGAGGAGAUCUUGCUGUUACUGCUUUUGCAGACCUCUCUUUUGAUCUUCCAAUUAGGUGGUUAAGAGAACACGGGAUCCAUGGCCAUGUUUUUGCUGGUGCUGGGAAUACUGCUAAAUUAACUCAGAAUGAAUAUAAGCACUUCUCUCCUCGGAGGUUCUUAGAAUCCGUUCGAACAUCAGUGGGAUGUGGAUUUGUCAUUCCUACUAGACUUUUCCGCCUAGAGGCUAACUACUACUACAUACUCAGGCAGAAUGAACAUGAUCGUGGCAAAACUGGAUUUAGGUUCAGCUUCUCAGCUCCUUCAUAGAGGCUGGUUCACAACCCAAGAUUCUUUUCAUUCUAUUGUAGCUCUCAAGCACUAAACAUUUUUGCUGUCUGUCACCGGAUGACUAGUUAUUUUCAUUUCCUUGUCAUUUAAAAUCCAGACCAAAAAUCAAGAAAAUGCAUUGUUUUAGAUUUGGGGAUUUAUAGGGAUUGGUUUUUUUGAAUAGAUAUUACCUCGUGGGGGUCAUAAGUGAGAGUCAUAAGAUGUAGCUGAUGUUCAUUGCAUGGAAGAAGCAAGCAAAAUUCAAAAUUUAUGCACCCAUGUACUUGCUACCUUAGAAGGCCUUUAGUGGCACUGAGAACUCUCAAACUUUGUUUGUUCAGCUUAAAUUGCAAAUAACCCGUAACAUUGGUUGAGUUCA